ACCUUUGCUAUCUUGGGUUGUUUUGUUUACGAUUUUGUUUACUCUCCUCACAACGUUCACACACGGUCACGCAGUCGAUUCGAAUCCAGCAGAUUCCGUUCAUUCCGGAUAGAGUUCCUUCCGAUUUCGCGGAAUUAUGGACAGCAAACAGAAAAUCCUAAUCGUGGGCGACGUGAACGGCAAGUUCAGCGCGUUUUUCGCGCGCAUUGAAAAUGUAAACAAAAAGACCGGUCCGUUCGACUUGGUUCUUUGCGUGGGCAGUUUCUUCGGUCCGUGUCCAGAGCUGACCGUGCUUGAGGAGUUUAAGGCUGGUCGUAAAAGUGUUGCCAUUCCGGUUUACAUUCUGGGUCCUGUGGAUGAGGCGUCGGCCAAAAAUUUUAGCACCCUCACGGAAGGCGACAUCUGUCAGAAUCUGAGCUACCUCGGCAAACGAGGUAUCUUCAGCACAUCUAGCGGCCUGAAGAUUGCUUAUGUGAGUGGCCUGGAAGUGGAAGGAAGCUCGGCCAGCGGGAAAGUUCCGGAUUGGAAGUUUACUAAAGAGGACGCGGUGGCCGUGCGCGAUUCCUGCUUCGCGAGCAAGUCCAACAUGGGCGAUUACCGCGGGGUGGACCUGCUGCUUACGUCCCAGUGGCCAGCGCAUGUCAAGGAGGACGUCCGCAACGGUUCCAAGGCGGUUGCUUGGUUGGCCGAUGCCGUCAAGCCGCGGUACCACGUGUGCGGCCUGAACGGAGAGUACUACGAACCGCCUCCGUAUCGGAGCAAAACCGACAAAAACACGCAAAUGGAGUUGGCCACCCGUUUUAUCGGACUGGGCGAGUUUGCCAAUCCGGAAAAGAAGAAAAACAUCUACGCGUUGAACGUGACGCCGGUGGAGAAGAUGCGGAUCAUCGAACUGAUUCAGAAAACUACCGACGAAACACCUUCGCCGUACACCGAGCUGAAUCUGAGCGAGGACGGCAACGCGACUAAAGAAGACCGCGGAAAUCAAUACUUUUACGACAUGAACAACAGCUACGACGACAACCGGGGCCAGAAGCGUCGCAGCCAGGGCAAUCGAGGCAUCAGCGGCAACCAAAACGACCAGAAACGCCAACGACCAACCUUCGACCAGGAAAAGUGCUGGUUCUGUCUAUCGUCCGGUUCGAUCGAAAAGCACCUGAUCAUUGCGGUCGGCGAACACUUCUACCUCGCACUCGCCAAAGGUCCAGUCAACGAAACCCACAUUUUGAUCCUGUCCAUCACCCACAUCCAAAACGCGUCCCUUCUCUCCCCCGAACAGUGGGCCGAACUGAACAAGUUCAAACUCGCCCUCACCCAGUUCUUCAAGGACCGCGAAGAGACCAUCUUCCUCUACGAGCGGAACUACAAAACCGGUCACCUCCAGAUCAACGCCAUCGGCGUCGACAACAACGUCGCGUGGAAAAUCAAGCACGUGCUCGAGGAUAAAUCGGAAGAGCACGGCAUCAAGCUGGAAACGAUGCCAAAACCAGCUUCCCCCUCCGAACUUCCCCAAAAGACGCCCUACUUCGUAGCGGAACUCCCCGACGAAACCAUCAUGUUCACCAAGCAGAUGAAGAACUUCCCGCUGCACUUUGGGCGCGAGAUAAUCUGCGCGGACAAUCUGCUCAACUGCGAGGAGAAGAUCGACUGGCGGCAGUGCAACCUGGACCGGGACGAGGAGGACACGAUGGCGAAGCGGUUCCGCGAGAGCUACAAGCCGUACGAUUUCACACUUUGAGGCGGCGCGGCGGCUAGCUGAAUUGAAU